GAGAAUCUAGAUCAUUGGGCAUAAUAGUGGUCUUCCGUUCUCAUACGUUUGUUUCUAGACAAAUCCAAAUUGCCCACCUCGAUCAACGAUAAUGGAUGACCCGUGACUAUACUAUAUGAUCAUCCGCUCCUCUCCUUUCUCAUCUUCAUUCUCAUCCACUCCCCAAACAAGCCACCCUGCGCAAAAGGAUCCAUAUCACCGAAGAGAUGGAGGAGCCACGUGAGCCCCACGUGCUCGUCCUUCCGUUCCCGGCGCAGGGCCACAUCAAGCCCAUGCUCUGCCUCGCGAAGCUCCUCGCCGCUGCUGGCCUCCGUGUCACCUUCCUCAACACCCAUCACAACCACCGCCGCAUCCUCCCCCGCGGCCCUUCCUCUCCUCCCUCCUCCCUCCUCCGCCUCGAGUCCAUCUCUGAUGGCUUGCCCGAUGACCACCCGCGAAGCUUGGAACGGAUUGAAGAGCUUCUCCUCUCGAUCAAGACGGCGAUGAAAGCUGCCUUGAGGGAGUUUCUGGUUUCCAAAAGUGCAGAGCCUCCGGUGACCUGCGUUAUAGCGGACGGGAUCAUGUCGAUCGGGAUUGACGUCGCGGAGGAGCUCAGCGUUCCGGCAAUCUCGUUCCGGACAUUCAGUGCUUGCUGCUUGUGGACUUACUUCUGCAUUCCCACCUUCAUCCAUGAGGGCAAGCUUCCAUUUCCUGAUGAUGAUCUGGACAAGGAGUUCCAUGGCUUGCUGGGAGCUGAAGGCCUUCUGCGACGGAGAGACCUACCAAGUAUUUGCAGAUCAGCGAUCGCUAUCAACUUAUAUCGCUAUUUUAUGGACGAAACCAUUGCCAUGACCCGAGCUUGCGCUCUCAUACUCAACACAUUCGAUGCCCUUGAAGCCCCGAUGCUCUCUCAUCUCGCCACCAUCUUUACCGAUAUCUACACGAUUGGGCCCCUCCAUGCCCUGGCUGUCAAAUCCCAUGUUGGGCAUUUUUCGGGGCGUUCUGAAUCUGUAGGCAGUCUUCAGAUGGAAGACCGAAGUUGCAUGGUGUGGCUUAAUUCGCAAGCAUCGAGAUCGGUCGUCUAUGUGUCAUUCGGGAGCUUGGUGAAGAUUACGGUCGAUCAAUUGAUGGAAUUUUGGCACGGCCUGGUCAAUUGCGGGAGACCGUUCUUGUGGGUCUUAAGGGAGGAUGCGAUUUUGGGAGAGAACGAGGAGAAAGCGAGAUCACUACUUUCAGAACUGAAAGUUGUUAGUGAAAGGCGACGCGUCGUGGAUUGGGCGCCACAAGAAGAGGUGCUUGCCCACGCUGCCGUGGGGGGUUUCUUGACGCACAGCGGGUGGAACUCGACCUUGGAGGGCAUAGUGGCAGGAAUCCCCAUGAUUUGUUGGCCUCGAAUUGCAGAUCAACAAAUUAAUAGUAGGUGGGUUAGUGAAGUAUGGAAAAUUGGGCUUGACAUGAAGGAUACCUGUGACCGAUCGACGGUCGAGACAAUGGUCAGAUUAUUGAUGGAUGACAAGAAAGAGGAGAUCAUGAAAUCGAUGGCAAGGAUUUCAGCAUUGAGUUCGGAUAGUGUUGGCCCGGAGGGAUCUUCAUCGAAGAACUUGGAAAGGCUAGUUAAAAAUAUAAGGAAGAUUUGUCAAACGAGUUGAGUUAUUAGAAUAUAAUUCAAUUUGAAUCUCCCAAACUAAAUAGAGGAUUAAGCUUGUUUCACAUAAUUUUCUUUUCUUUGGCCAUGAUGAUUUGUAUUCAUGAAGCAUCGAUCACAGAAGGGUUACUAAAUACCGCUGGUAUCUACUAUAUUAAUUGGGUGAGCGGUGCCCUGAUGUCACAGUUCUUUGUGAAUUCCAUGAUUCAGGCAUACCAGGCGCAUUGUCAAUGGCCACUUGGGUCAAGUACGUGUCAAUAUAGUGUAGAGGUACUUUAGAUAUUUCCAUAAGUUUUCUAUUUUUGGUAAUUUCUAAAUGAUGCUAUCUCAAAUACCAGGAAUGUCUACUCGUGCAAAAAUGAAUACUGUUUGCAAAGCCCUUUAGGGGGUCAACAACUAAACUUUUCGAUCAA